CACGUAAAAUAAUGAAUACUGUACACACAACUUCCCAUUGUUGCAUCGACACAGUGACAAAAUUUAUUCAGCCACAGAGCUAGUAAAAAAAACAUCGAUGAAAUAAAUAAAAAAAAUCGUGUUUCUCAAGUGACUGCCUUUGCAUUUCACGGAAAAGGCUCUCUUAACACUGAUGUGAAUCUUACAAGUAUGAAACGCAGAGCUGACGAAGUACAGUUUGGAGCUCGGACUCCACAACGAAUGAUAACUACACAGCAUAGCAGCGCGGUUGGACCAAAUAUUCAAUACCAUAUUGGUUCGGGUGUAUUAAAAACCAACUCAUCUGAAGGUACGAUUAUUAGUGGACCAUCGCCAACUGUUCAAUAUACGACAACUUAUCCUCAAAGCCAAACCAUACCCAGUGUAAAAACAAAUGUUGGAACUAGCAACACUGGAACUACAAUUCAUGUAGUGAAUUCGAAUAUUGGUCCGGCAACCAACACAAUUCGACACAAAGGCGCACAAGUGCAGCAAGUUCAGCAAGUUCAGCAACAAGCUCAGCCAGUGCAACAGCAACAGGUGACACCUCCCCCGAAUGUUCAAACUAAUAUGGUCUCUACAGUUCCACAACAAACGAGUGGCCAAGAAAAAUUCCAACGCCUCAAAGUGGAGGAUGCCCUGAGCUAUUUGGAUCAAGUGAAAUACAAAUUUGGAAACCAGCCACAAGUGUAUAACGACUUUUUAGAUAUCAUGAAGGAAUUUAAGUCGCAAAGCAUAGACACGCCCGGGGUGAUUCAACGAGUAUCUAACUUAUUCAAGGGUCAUCCAGAAUUGAUUGUUGGGUUCAACACAUUUUUGCCUCCUGGCUAUAAAAUAGAAGUUCAAGCAAAUGAUCAAGGCGUUGCUUUUCAAGUUUCUGUUUCGAUGCCAUCUCCAUCAGGGGGAAAUAUUUGUUUACAACAGCCAACAUCUCCACAUCGCGGAAAUCAAAUAAUUCACAAUAUGCAAACAUCCACAAUACACCAAAUUUCUGAUCGGCAGCCAAUCUAUCAAUUGGGACCGCAACAACAACCACAGACCCCACAACAACAACCACAACUACAAACACAACAACAACAACAACAACAACCACCACCACCACAACUACAACCACAACAACAACAACUACAGCAACAAAUACAAUCACAGCUUCAACCACAACAACAACAACAACAACAACAACAACAACAACAUCAACAACAACAACUACUACAACUACAACAACCACAGUCGCAAACUCAAACUUCCACAUCCAUAUCAGCACAAUCUAAUUUCGGAUCAAUAUCACAACAGCAGACUGCAGUGGGAACUUCUAUUAGUGUCGUUGCCGGAAAUACUGUGACACAAGUUAGCAGUGUAUCUGCUAGUGCAAACACUAACAAGCAACCGAUAAGUCAUAAUUUGCAUCAUAUUUCUCCACCACCACAGCCGAUUGCAGCUGAUGUUAAUAGUGGUCAUAAUCUUCACCACAUUUCACAAGCUCAUCAAUCCAUGAUUCAGGCUGAACAAACAGGUUCUAAUCAGAAUCAAAAUCAACCAGUUGAAUUUAAUCAUGCGAUAUCAUAUGUGAAUAAAAUAAAGAUACGCUUCCAAGCACAGCCUGAGAAAUAUAAGCGAUUUUUGGAAAUACUACAUGCAUACCAAAAGGAGCAGAAAGUGCUAAAAGAGGGAUCAGGUAAUUUGCCACAAAAACAAUUAACUGAAGCGGAAGUAUACAGUCAAGUAGCAAAAUUAUUUGAUCAACAAGAAGAUCUGUUGCGUGAAUUUGGUCAGUUUCUACCAGAUGCCACAAACCAUUCGGCAACUCAAUUUAUAAAUCGUGGAAAUCAUGGGCAUAAUGAACAUAAAAAAAUGAAUACACCGUCGAUAGGUUCACAUCAGCAAUCAGUAAAAUCAUAUAAUAGCUCACAGAACAAUUUGCCUCGAAUUGAUCGUGAUUAUCAUCCGUCCACUGAGAAAGACUACCGCAACAGUGGCGUAGAUAAAGAACGCAAUCAUGUAACACACAAGUUUAGUGGUAGUGCCGUAAAACGAUCGCCUUCCUUCCCCUCAAUGCCAGUGAAUCACUUGGUUCGCGAUAGAGAUGGUCCAUCACCACCGAAACGCCACAAACCUAUUUGUCGAGAUGUUACAUUAUCAGAAGCUUCGAAAUUUGGCUCGCUUAAUGAUUAUGCCUUUUUUGAUAAGGUACGCAAAGCGCUGCGAAGUCCAGAAGUAUAUGAUAAUUUCUUAAGGUGUUUAACAUUAUUCAAUCAAGAGAUAAUUUCACGGAUAGAGCUGGUUUUAUUGAUAACACCGUUCCUCAGCAAAUUUCCUGAGUUACAUCGUUGGUUCCAAGAUUUCUUGGGUUCACAAAGUACUACUGAAGGAAUUUCACUGGCAACUGCUCAAAGACAAGACCGUAAUCAAGGCGAAAUGGCGCAAGAAAUUGAUCUAUCAACCUGCAAGCGCCUUGGGGCAAGCUAUUGUGCUCUUCCGAAGACCAGUGAGUCUCGUAAAUGUUCUGGUCGAACAAAUUUGUGUCGUGAAGUUUUGAAUGAUACAUGGGUAUCAUUCCCAACCUGGGCAGAAGACUCAACAUUUGUCACUUCUCGCAAAACCCAAUAUGAAGAAAUAAUAUACCGUUGUGAGGACGAACGCUUUGAACUGGAUGUGGUUAUUGAAACUAACGCGGCCACUAUUCGCGUAUUAGAAGGUGUACAGAAAAAAAUAUCGAGAAUGACGCAAGAUGAACUUACUAAAUUCAAAUUAGAUGAUUGUUUAGGCGGUAGCUCCCCAACUAUUCACCAACGAGCAUUAAGACGUGUAUAUGGAGAUAAGGCAACCGAAAUAAUUCAAGGACUGAAAAAAACACCACAGAUUGCCGUGCAAGUGGUACUUCGGCGACUUAAGGCCAAAGACGAAGAGUGGCGGGAAGCCCAGAAAAGUUUCAAUAAACAAUGGCGAGAACAAAACGAAAAGUAUUACCUUAAGUCGUUGGAUCAUCAGGGCAUCAAUUUUAAACAGAAUGACAUCAAAGCAUUGCGAUCCAAAAGCCUGUUCAAUGAUAUUGAAACUCUCUAUGAUGAGCGGCAUGAACAGAAUGAUGACAACAGCGAAUUGGUUACUGGGCCGCAUCUUGUACUACCGUACAAAGAUAAAAGUAUUCUAGACGAUGCAGCGAAUCUCUUAAUACAUCAUGUUAAACGACAAACAGCCGUUCAAAAACAAGAAAAAACUCGAAUAAAACAUAUUUUAAGGCAUUUCAUACCGGAUUUAUUUUUUUGGCCAAGACAGCAACUCAGCGACGAUGAACGUGACGAUGAAAUGGAUGUUGAUUCAUCUGAAAAUCGAAAUGUGGCUAUGACAGCGAAAUCUGACUCUCAAUCGAAUGGUAGUAAUAAUGCAACGACGUCUAGAAGACCAUGUGUCAAUGAUGAUAAAAAAGAUCCAAUAGAAGGCAACUAUGGAAAAGCAGAUAACACAGGAAAUGAAGACACUGAUCAAAAAUCACCAUCAAAUCUGGAUGACACAAUUGCUGCAUCUUAUCAAAUUCCAAAGUCUGAAUUCCCAUUCCGUGAAGCUCCAUCAAGUGCCAUUACCGACUCAAAUAAUCGAAUAAGUGAUAUAUUACCAGCUACCGAACCUAAUACAUCCCUUACAUCAGAAAUAAAGCGGGAAGGAUCUUGUAGUUCGCCCGAUGUUCCAUUACCUCCCUAUGCUGUUAGUAAAAUUCAA